AAAGGUUUUUUGUUUUUUCUCUCUCUCUCUCUCUCUCUCUGUAAGCUAAAUUAGCAUUUUUCGUGUUAGCUUUUCGGAGCCUUAUUAUUAUUAUUAUCUUUUUCGCCCUGACUUCGAUGUUCACAUUCCUAUAACGAGGGAGAAGAGUGAAACAUUCCCGCCACCGGUCACUGAGGCAAACAUAACAGACCAUAACAGCAUAAAAGCCAAUCAGCAGCAGCAUGUCUGCAGAACUGGACCUGUCCCCUCCAGAGGUCCCUGAGCCUACCUUUCUAGAGAGCCUACUGCGCUACGGGCUGUUUCUGGGUGCCAUCUUCCAGCUCAUCUGCAUCCUGGCUGUCAUCCUCCCCACAUCCAAGGGGCAUGAACAGGAGGAGACUGAGGCUGCCGACGGCAAGAGUGCUGAACAGAUGAAGAAACCUAAAGGACCAGUGCCUCAGAUUCGACAGAAACCAAAGAAGGAGAGCAAGAAGAAGCGAUAGACGGCUUUGUGUGUGUGUGUGUGUGUGUGUGUGUGUGUGUGUACUUGUUACCUGCUUGUGUGAAUGCGUGUGUGUAAUCAUCAGUGACCAAUAGUUAGCACUACAGAUAUUAAACUCGAAUGUGAUAUUAUGACAGUAAAAAAUGAUGUGCACUAAAUUGAAGACACUUCAGAAUGACCUUGAACUGUGUCCUAUUCACAUUCAGCACAGCAUUACAAGGAUCAAAAUGCCAUGGCGUUACACAUACUUUAUUGGGUAUGUUUUGCAUUUAUCUCCUUUUUAAUUGAAUAUCAUUGAUUGAAUUGUAAUUGGAUUGCGACAAACAAUUAAAUGUAUUGUACAGUCA